GCUGGUUUGUAGGUGAUGAUGGCGGAAGAGGAGCACCGUUGAGUUCUCGCUCUGUUAUUUUUUUUUAUUUUUUUGUAUAAAAUACUGUUAAAAAAUAUACUCUAAUACUCAUUGUCUCUAUUAACCGAGACCAUGGGGAACGAAGCCAGCCUGGAGGGUGGAGGGCAACCCGGGGAUCCAGGCUCUGGCAUCUCAACGGCAGGAGCUCCGGGUUCCAUUUCAGCACCAGCGGGCUCUGGACAGCUCAUCAAGCCCAGCAAUGGAGCUGCAGUCGGGGGUGGAGCGGCGGCCGGACCCACGGCAGGGAUUAACAGCCUGUCGGGGAGACCCAACCAAAUUAACCCGGCCGGUCCAAAACCAUCGUCUCAAGUUGGCUAUGCUGACAGCAGAACAGGGGGUGGAGGGCGUGCCGAGCCCUAUCGGCUAGCUGCCCAUGAUAGCCCCAGAGAACAGAAGACCCAGGGGCCAGGGCAAGGUCAGGGGCAAGGACAGGGGUCCCAUCACUCCCUCCACGUGGACACCAGCGUGAGGUCAGGGAAGUCACCCUCGGUCUCGCCCUGCACCACGCCCACAUCACCCUACUCUGUGCCCCAGAUCGCCCCGAUGCCCAGCAGCAAGGUGUGUCCCCUCUGCAAAACCACCGAUCUGACAGCCCCCCACAACCAGCCAAACUUCAACACCUGUACCCAGUGCCGCUCCACAGUGUGCAACCAGUGUGGGUUCAACCCCAACCCACACCUCACUGAGGUCCAGGAGUGGCUGUGUCUGAACUGCCAGAUGCAGAGGGCUUUAGGAAUUGACAUGAUCACCACUCCACACUCCAAGAGCCAGCAACAGAUCCACUCGCCCUCCCACCAAGCCAAACCCCAGCCACAGCCCCAGCCCCAGACUCAGGCCAAGCCUCAGGCCCAACCUUCCCAACCUGCACCAGGGCAGCAGAAGCAAGCUGGCCCUACAUCGGUCAAUCAAACCAGGCCGCAUGGAGGGCCCGUUCCUCACCAAUCAAAGUCAGAGCAACCUGCCCAGCGAGGGCCAACCAACCAGGGUAAGGCUAAGCAGGAGCCCACUGGGAGUAGGGUCCCCCAAGGGAUGGCACCCAGCCAGAGUUUGGCAAAACCAGUUUCCCAUCCGGAACUGGCCAAAAGCUCUCCACAGCACCAACAAGCUAGACCUCCUGCUUCUCCACAGCACCAACAAGCUAGACCUCCGGGUACAGACCAGAACCAAGGGGUCGGAAGCUCCCCGGCCAGGGUGACCGGUGGACCCCAGGAACCAGCGCAAGACGGCAUAACUGGGAAGCUGUUUGGGUUUGGGGCCUCGCUCUUAAAUCAAGCUAGCACUCUCAUUUCAGUGGACCCCCAGCCCACAGCUUCGCCCCAGCCGUCACCUGCCAAGGUGGCUUCUAGGGUGGUGUUCAGCGAUGCAAGUUCCGCUUCUGCCCCCAAAGCCCAGGCACCUCCGACAGCAGCUACCCAGGGAAAGCCUGGUAGCGGCCCUGCUCAGCAGCAGCAGCAGCAGCAGAAGCAACAGAAGUCACAGCAGCAGCAACAUCAAGCACCCCAUCAAAAGACGCAACAUCAGCCACAACAACAGCAAGCAAGGCAGGAGCCUGCACCCAAGCCCAAGGAACCGGAGAAGCCCAAAGUGGCGUGCCCUCUGUGUAAAACUGAACUGAACGUGGACUCCGGGCAGCCUCCCAACUACAACUCCUGCACGCAGUGUCACAUACAGGUGUGCAACAUGUGUGGCUUCAACCCGACCCCACAUCUGGUGCAGAAAAAUGAGUGGCUUUGCUUAAAUUGCCAGACUCAGAGACUGCUUUCAGGCAGCCUGGGAGAUGCACCAGUUCCUGUACCUCAGCCAUCUCCAAAACACCAACCCAUGGGCUCACCUCGACACCAGACACCUCUUGGGACCAAUCAGCAGCCACCACAGCAGAAGGGACCCAAUCAACAGCUAGGGGCGGGGCAAGCGAAGCAGCAGAAACCUCCUACAACUCAAGGGAGUGCAUCCUUCUCCCCAGCAAAGCAUCAUGGUGUCCCUACGCAGGACAAGCCUCCUGCCCAGGCAAUGCAUGGUGUCGUCAGCGAGGCGCACAAACAGCAGCAGGCUCAGGAGAAGGACAGGAUGCACCUAAAAACAGGAAAGGAGGCCGUGGCUCCAGCCCUCUCCAAAGAGACCAACAAACAAGUACCAAAGAAAGAACCUGAACACAUCACUGCAGUGCCCCAAGCAAAAGACGGCAAGAAAGCUACAGAGUCUCAUAAAGUCAAACACCACGAAGAGGAUAAGAAGUCGAGUACCCAAGACUUGUCACGCAGCCCUCAGAGCCAAAGUGAUACAGGAUACUCGUCCGAUGGGAUCUCCGGCUCCCAGAGUGAAAUCACAGGGCUAAUCCAAGAAGAGGAGAUGAUCCUGAAUAAAAGGGGGAUCGUUGAGCACAGCCCUCCCAGUCCGUCAGAACUCACCAAGCUGGAGAGCACCAUGCGGCCACUACUAGAGUCCAAGUCUGCCUCUGGCCAGGAACAGGGAGGGAGGGGGAAGCAGCAUCACCACCAUGACCCCAGGGAAGAGCAGAAGCAAAAGCAGAGGCCCCGCUCACUGUCCAUCACCCCUGAGGCCUUUGACUCAGACGAGGAGCUUGAGGACAUACUGGAAGAAGAUGAGGACUCAGUGGAGUGGGAACACCAGCGUGACCAGAGGGACAGCGUGAUUGAGUCAUCGGAUGACUUCAGCAGCAAGCUGCGCCAUGACUAUGUGGAGGACAGCAGUGAGAGUGGGUUCUCUCCACUCCCUGGCAGGCAGAGGAAGACGGAGCAAGAAAUUACAGAUGAGGAGUUCAUGAGAAGGCAGAUAAUGGAGAUGAGCGCCGAGGAGGACAACCUGGAUGAGGAUGAAGGCUAUGGUUACCCUAAGCCAAAGAAGAGCCACAAGCACAGCACAGAUUCAGGAAAAGAGUCAAAACGGCGCCUUCCUCACAACUCAAGCAGUCUGUAUGAAGAAGAAGGCAAAGGUACUGGAGAUGCCUACAAGGGUACUGGAGUAGAAGGAGAAGAAGACCUGAUGGCUUCCCAAGGAGGUCUACGACGCUUCAAGACCAUUGACCUGAACAAUACCAAUAGCUAUGGUCGAGAAAUGGAGCUCAGCAAUGAGAAUGACCUCAGCCUGGACCGGGAACCAGAGCUGGAAAUGGAGAGUUUGACCGGAUCUCCAGAUGAGAGGUCCAGGGGGGAGUAUUCAUCAACUCUGCCCCCAACAACCCCCAGCUACACCUCCGGCACAUCCCCAACAUCAGUCUCCUCCAUGGAGGAAGACAGCGAUAGUAGCCCCAGCCGCAGGCAAAGGCUGGAAGAAGCCAAGCAGCAGCGGAAAGCCAGACACCGUUCACAUGGGCCACUGCUGCCCACUAUUGAAGACUCCUCUGAGGAAGAGGAGCUGCGGGAAGAAGAAGAACUGCUGCGGGAGCAAGAGAAGAUGCGAGAGGUGGAGCAGCAAAGGAUCCGGAGCACUGCAAGGAAAACCAAGAGGGAUAAAGAAGAAUUACGUGCACAGAGACGCAGAGAGAGAUCCAAGACUCCUCCAAGCAAUCUCUCCCCUAUCGAGGAUGCCUCCCCAACGGAAGAGCUGAGACAGGCUGCUGAAAUGGAAGAGCUGCACAGAUCAUCUUGCUCAGAGUAUUCGCCUUCUAUUGAUUCAGAAGCAGAAGGGUUUGAGAUGAUUGCUUCCAAGCUUUACAAGUCUGGCAGUGAAUACAACUUGCCAACCUUUAUGUCACUCUACUCCCCAACUGAAAAGCCGACAACCUCAUCAGCCUCCUCUGCCAGCAAGCCUCUGAAAAGUGCAGAGGAGGUCUAUGAGGAAAUGAUGAGGAAGGCUGAGAUGCUGCAAAAGCAACAGAAGCAGCAGACACAACAGCUCAAACAAGGGCAAGCAUACAGUAACACAUACCAGCAGGAAGACUUUAGAAGCACAGGGCAGCAGGACAGUGAUCAGUACCAAUAUGAGGAUAACUAUGGUUAUGGAAAAGACAUAGGGUCAUCUCAAACUGCAUACCAAAACAACAUAUCCAAGGCUGAGAACAUUUAUGAAGAGAUCCUGCAGACAUCGCAGAGCAUCUCCAAAAUGCAACAACAAAAAAUCAGUCAGAUGACAGAAAGCAGUACCUACCAGGACAAACAACUGUUAGAUACAGGGUCUGUCUUUGCUAAAUUGCUAGACCAAAACAGUGCUCCCCUUACUCCUGGGACAAGCCCCACUCAGCUUUCGGCACCUGUCUCAUUUUUAGGGACAUCAGGGAAUGAACCAGGGGGAACUGGGACAAGGGGGAUCCCUGAUGUUCAUGUGACACAGCACUUCUCGAAGGAGGCGCAGAAAGAAAGAGCCAAGAGCCAAGGCUCGUCAGUAGGAGCCACCUCCACUGCAGUGACAACUAUAGCUUCUUAUGUCGUUUAUGGAAGGGAGUCAACAGCUACCACUCAGGUCAUAGCCAGUCAAACUGCAACUUCGUCUAGCUACGGACGUCAGUCUGCUCCAACUAGUACUGCUUCAGCCUUUGCAGGGUGCAAUCAGGGCUAUAGUCAAAGGGACAGCAUAACUGGUGGCAAAAGGCUUCAGGAGAACAGAGGGGUCCAGGCCCGAGACAGCUCUCAGGUUAAAACUGAGGAUGGGAGUGUAAAUCUUACAUCCAAAAGCUACUACUACAAAGGCUCCAGCCCCCCUAUUUCUCCAUCCUCCUCCCCCACACAGAGCCCCACCCACUCACCCUCCAGUGCUACCUCCCCAGUUAUAGCACAUGGCACCCAGACGUCACACCGGGCCAGCUCACCACGUCUUUUCAGGCAACAAUCCUCACAAGGCUCACCUUUCAUGGUUAUCACUCUGGGGACCGAUUCGACCAGUCCAGGGAAGCCUUUGACUGUCAACUCUUCCACCUCUCCUGUGUCUUCGCCAACUAGACUGAGUCGUCAACAGACUCUUCAUGGUUACGACCAAUCUGCAAGUUCUCCAUCAUCGCCUCAGCACCAACAGCAACAACAAUCACCACAGCACCCCUUAUACAAGUCACAGGCUGAUAGUGUAUCAUCAACCACUGCAAGUACCUAUAACCGUGGAUCUUUGUCUAUGGAGAAUAUCUCCUUGUGCAGAAUCUCCACUGUUCCUGGGACUUCCAGAGUAGAGCAAGGCCCAAGGCUACCCAGCGGGAGUGUGGUGGAUUUACGUAUUGCCACCAAGCCAUACCCAGUUAUCAUGACAGAUAAGGGCAUGGACCUAACUUCCAUUGCAACAGAGAGCCGCAGGUUCUCUCUGGGAUCUGAGGAAAGCCCUAGCCGCCAUUCUACAACUGUGCAACCACUCAUCAUGAACCUAAAUGCCCAGGAACAGCCCCAUGUGGCAACAUCAACGCCGACCACAGUUAGCAUCACAGUGGCAGCUUCCAUGUUCACCUCCCAGCCAAAGCAGCCUAUGGUUUACGGAGACCCCUUCCAGAACCGGGUAGACUUUGGACAAGGAUCUGGGUCUGCAAUGUGCCUGACACAGACCAAACAGCCUGCUGUUAAUGCCCAGGACUCUAUCCCGAAGAUAGAUGCCAAGCUGGAAGACCUUGGCAUUCAGCAGCAUAAACUUCAGCAACAGCAGCAGCACUUGCAACAACAGCAACAACAUCUGCAACAACAGCUGCAGCACCAUCAGCAACAGCAGCAGCAUCUGCAACAGCAACAAGCAAUGUUUUCCAGAUAUAACCUGGCCAACCAGGUUCAACCCUUGGUCAAGAAAGACAUGAAGGUCAGCCAGACCAGUAGUGCCCAGACUGUAGUCAGUGUCAGUGCAAUUCCCAGGGCAGCACCUCUGCCUGAUCAACCAGUACCAGCUGUUCCAAUUCCUCCUGCUCCUCCUCUUGACCUGUACAGCAAUGUUAAUUUGGAAUUAAAGACUAAAACUCCUGCUGUCAAUCUUUUGGGUGUGAAACCAAAUGUUAUGAUGGUGCAAGUGGACAACGCCUCCCAGGGUGCCACCGUCACCCAGCUUGUGAAACCAGAUGAGCCCCACGAUGCCCUGGAUCUUACAGGGAUGAAGUCAGAGAACCAGGUAGCCUGCUGUGAUGUGGUCUACAAAUUCCCCUUUGGUGGCAGCUGCACAGGAGCCUUUUCCCAGCCACCAGAGAAAGCCUCUGUGCCAGUGGCUGAACUGCCACAGAGUAACCACCCACCUUCUGCUCCUCAGUACUAUGGAAACAGGAAACAAGAACAAAGCCAAGAGAGCUAUCAGUACCGUGAACAACCAGAGUCCAGUCAUGGCUUCAUGGAUGACCGAAAAAUCUACCCUCUACCUUUCUCUGGGCGGCUGUCCAUGUCUGACACCAACCUUGCUGAAGCUGGGCUAAAUUAUUAUCAAAUAAAAAAUUAUUCCACCUUCCAUGGUCCUGGAGGUGAUCUAGCAGUUGACCUUAGCACAGUGAAACAGCCAUACAGUGGCAGUUUCUCAGAUGGAGGGUACUUGGGCUUGGGCAUGCAGUACGGCUCCUAUACAGACCUGCGGCACCAGGGUGACGUGAUGAGCCAACCCUUACCAAUACGGCGGUACAACUCUAUGUCGAACAUCAACACAGAUUAUGGUUACUCCCCACGUGACCUUUCCAACUUCCAAGAGUCCAGCCUGGCCCAAUACAGCGCCACCACUGCAAGGGAGAUCAGUCGGAUGUGUGCAGCUCUGAACUCAAUGGACCAAUUUGCUGGAAGGUAUGCCAAUAACCCUGAUCUACUGCAAUAUGCAUCCACAGGAGCUGGAGGGGCUGGUGCAAGACUCAAUUUGCUCUCUGGUCAGCAAGGCCUAUCAGCCAUGAAAGCCAACCUGAUGUACGGCCCCAACUUUUCAGAAGGUCGCCAGGUUGCACAUGGCCAAGCCUUUGGUAACUUGCCGCAAUACAAUGUGUCUAGCGCUAGGCUAGCUGGCAUAAGGCACAUGUACCCUUCAGGUGUCAGAGCUGCUGAUGGCAUGAUCUACUCUACCAUCAACACCCCCAUUGCCUCCACCCUGCCCAUCACCACCCAGCCUGCUUCUGUCCUGCGGCCUAUGAUUAGGGGCCUCUACAGGCCCUACCCUCCAGGAAACACGAUGGCUGUACCAUUGGCCAGCCUAUCCGGGUUGCCCCUGGUUACACCCAGGAUGCCUCUGUCCUCCCAGGGACCUUACCGUUACCCUCCUCCCAACCGAUUCACAACAGCCCCAGUGACUGCCACCACCACUACCAAUACCACAGCCUUGGAUACACCUGUCUACCUGGGGAGGCCCUCAGGAAUGCCAGCAGCACCCAAUACCAUCAAUAUGGGGAUGACAAACAUGCAAGCUGGCAGAGCCCCUACAACAGCAAUGAUGGUGGGACAGGCAGUUGCAGCGCCCACCAACCAACAGCAGUUUCAGACGCAGAUGCAGCACCAACAACAGACCCAGCCACAGCAUCCUCAUCAGACCCACCCUCAAACCCACCCUCAAACCCACCCUCAAGCACAGCUUCAAUCACAGCCUCAAUCACAGCCUCAAACACACCCUGAAAUGCACCCUCAGACGCACCCUCAAACACAACCUCAAUCACACCCUCAAACACACCCUGAAAUGCACCCUCAAGGACAGCCUCAAUCACACCCUCAAUCACACCCUCAAACACACCCUCAAACACACCCUCAAAUGUACCCUCAAACACAACCUCAAUCACACCCUCAAAUACACUUUCAAACUCAACCUCAAACACAACCGCAAAUACAUUCUCAAGAACAGCCUCAAACACAGCAUCAAAUACAGUCUCAAUCACAGCCUCAAACCCAAUCUCAAUCACAGCCUCAGCCUCAGGCAGCUCCAGAGGCCACUUCGGGCAGCAGUGGCAACAAUGGAGAGAAAGACAAGGAGGAGGAAAGGCUGCGAUGGCAGCAGGAGCAGCUGCUGCAGUUUGAGAGGGAGCGAGUGGAGCUGGAGAAGCUGCGGCAGAUGCGCCUGCAAGAGGAGCUGGAGCGGGACCGCGUGGAGCUGCAGCGGCACAGGGAGAAGGAGCAAAUGCUGGUGCAACGCGAGAUUCAGGAGCUGCAGACUAUCAAGCAGCAGGUGUUGCAGCAGCAGCAUGUCGAGAGGGAGACCCAGCUUGUCAUGCAGAGGGAACAGCUGGCCCAGCAGAAGAUGCAGCUAGACCAGCUACAGAACUUGCAGCAGCAGCUCCAGCAACAACUCGAGGAGCAGAAAAGGCAGAAGGUAGCAGCAGCAGCGGCAGCGGCGGCAGCGGCAGCGACAGCAGCAGCAGCGACUCCUGGGGCAGGAGGACAAGUAGGAGUAGCAGGGGGAGCAGUAGUAGGAGGAGGUGGGGCUCCCCAGGGAUUCCCUGUUGUCUGUGACCAAACAGGAAGGAUACUUCAACACGAAGUGCCACCUGAACUACAGAGGACCAUGGGCCAGAACGGGCAGUACUGGCAGCCCUAUGUGGAAGCUGGGGUAAUUCAAGGAGUAAUUCCUCCCAGGCCUCUGCCCAGUUCUGCUUCAGAAAUGUCCUUGAGGAAUGAGGAGCAUGUGGAGACACGAGGCAUGAAGAAGCGCAACUCUAUGCCUCGUCUAAGGGAUGGAAUGGAAUUUGAGGAGGCUCAGCACUCGGUGAAGAGGAUCGCAGACAGCAGUGCACAGACUGAUGAUGAGGAUGGUGAGGAGAAAUACUAUAUGUCGAGACGGAGGCGAGCCCGUCGCAGUGUGGACUGUAGUGUGCAAACGGAUGACGAGGAUAACGAGGAGUGGGAGCAGCCUGUCCGACGGAGGCGCUCACGAUUUUCCAAGCACUCUGAUUCUGGCUCAGAGAGCAAAUCUGAGUCUUCAAAGGGCACCUCCAGCAUUGCAAUCCAGACUAUCAGCGAUAGCUCGUGUCAGACUGAUCCUGACCAACUAGGGAGAGUGUCACCGGCCAUCCACAUUACAACGCCCGACCCCAAGGUUGAAAUUAUCCGUUAUAUCUCUGGCCCUGAGAGAACCCAAAAGGGAGAAAGCUUGGCCUGCCAGACAGAACCAGAGGCCCAGUCUCAAGGGGUGGUGAUCCCCCAGCUUACAGUCCCCACCACCAUCACUCCUUACUCCAACAACAUCCAGCUAGUGACUUCUGGACCACUGGAUCCUCAUUCCUCCCGACUCCAAGGGUUGGCCAAGUUUGAAAAGAAGAAGCCUGACCCAUUGGAGAUCAGCUACCAGUCCCACCACCUUCACAGUGAGUCUCUCUCCCACUUGGUCCGCCAACCCCCCAAGUCUCCACAGGUUCUCUACUCCCCUGUCUCACCACUUUCACCCCACCGUCUCCUGGAGACCUCCUUCUCCUCCAGUGAGCGACUCAACAAGGCUCACGUCACCCCGCAGAAGCACUUCACUGCCGAGUCUCCCCAGCGGCAGCAGACCCUGCCCCGGCCAAUCAAAACCAUGCAAAGGUCCAUGUCUGACCCAAAGCCUAUCAGCCCCACCUCCGAAGACCCUGCCAAGGCUAGGUUCUCCAUGUACCAGCAGCAGGCUCUUCAAAACAGUCAGCAGAGCUCCCUGGUCAGGAAGGUGAAGAGGACUUUGCCCAGCCCACCUCCAGAGGAAGCUCACCUCCCCAUCGCCACCCCACCGCUUCCUCAGAUGUAUGUGCCGACCCUGCCCCAGAAGGUGGGGCCCAGGUCGUUCCAGGUCACCAAAGCCAGUCUGCUGAAAGACAUCACCCAUGAGCUGAAGGUGGUGGAGCAGGAGUCCACCAAGCUGCGCAAGCAGCAGGCCGAGCUGGAGGAAGAGGAGAAGGAGAUUGAUGCCAAGCUGCGGUACCUCGAGCUGGGAAUCACACAGAGGAAGGACACCCUGCUGAAGGAGAGGGAACGGAGGGAGCUGGCCUACAUCAGGUGCAUGGGAGACACUCGCGACUACAUGUCAGACAGCGAGCUCAGCAACAUUCGAAUCGCCACCACGUAUGAAGGAAAUGGGCUUCUGACCAGGCCCACCACGGCUCCCAUGAAUCAGUUCUCUGAGUUCACCACCGCCCAGUACCCUACCACUUCCUCCUUCGUCACCUACCAGUACCAGCCAACCCAGACGGCUCCACUGGGCACAACCACCUACCAGCAAACCGGGUUUCAGCCUCCCCAGUACCAAACACUGACUAACACCCAACAGCAAAUGCCACAGCAAAUGCCACAGCAAAUGCCACAGCAAAUGCUACAGCAACAGCAACAGCCACAGCAACAGCCACAGCAACAGCCACAGCAGCAGAACACCUUCCAGACCCAUCAACAAGCUCCAGCUUACAACACACAGAGCACUUUUCAGCCACCUAGCUUUGCCCAGAACCAGCCCUAUCAGCCUGAUCUCGGAGUGCAGAACCACCCAGGCUUUCAGCCUCCUCUGUCCUACCAAGCGCAGACCACAUACCCAAGCCAGACAUCCUACCAGCAUGGCCAAAAUGUACCUUUCCAACCGCAGGCUGAGAUCCUUAGUGUUCACCAGAAGCCACGGCAGACCUCCCUGGCCGACCUUGAGCAGAAAAUGCCCACCAACUACGAGGUCAUCAGCAAUCCCACUGUGAUUGUAACCUCCACUGUCCCUGAAGUCACCUACACCUCAACCACUGUGGCCAAUAACUAUGGUCAGUACAAGCCUCCUGAGACCAUGCUGGCAGACCGGGUGAACGCUGUCGGAAGCCCCACGUCUGCCUACUCUUCUGAAUCAGUCUACACCAACCUGGAGCAGAACAUUCCCCGUAAUUAUGUCAUGAUCGACGACAUCAGCGAGCUGACAAAAGAGAACUCUGGCACAUCUUCAGAGAUGCACAAGCCCGAUACGCAGACCCACUCUUCCAACGGGCGCUACGGGAAGGACCGGUAUGAGCUGAGCGAGAAUGGGAACUCCACAAGAGGCAGCUCCUACUCCAGAGCAGAGGAGGAAUCUGAGGAAGACAUGUACGACCACCAUGGCAGGAGUAAGAACAGCUGCAGCUACAAUCAGAGAAGUGGUGACAGUCAUAGCAGAAUGGGCAGCAACAGCAGUAGUGUGGGUGGGGGAUCCUCCUAUUAUUAUGACGACUACAAGCACUCCUCAUCACGCGACAAGCAUGGAUCCAGCAUGGGAGUCCAGAAGCAUUCCUCCAAGAACCUGGCCCCGGCAGUGGUAUCCUCCAAACGCAGCAAGCACAGGAAGCAGGGCAUGGAACAGAAGAUCUCCAAGUUCUCCCCCAUUGAAGAAGCCAAGGAUGUGGAGUCUGACAUGGCCUCCUACACCAUCACCCCAUCCUCUGGGGGCAGCUGCCACGUAAUGUCCAGGGCAAAGAAGCUCCAGGAUGAGAUCACCUACGGCCUGAAAAAGAAUGUCUAUGAUCAACAGAAGUAUUACGGCACGUCUAGCCGGGAUACCUACGAGGAAGACGACCGCAUAUACAGCAGCGGGAGGUCGAGGUCCACAGGCUACGGGAUGGACAAGAUCUCCUCAAGAGAUUCGGGCAACCACAGGAGCAAGUCCUAUGAGAGGGACGCUAUGGAACGAUCCCAGAGGGGAAGUCAGAGCCGUGGCCGGCCCUCCAUGCGCUCCCAGAACUCUGAGGAAGAGAGCCCGCUAAGCCCUGUGGGGAAACCCAUGGGUGUCGGCCGUGGUCCUGGAGGGUCAGAGCCACCUGAUAGCCGAAAUCAAUACGGCUCCAGCCACUCCCUGCCUGACGUGCAGGAUCACAUCAAGGAUAUACCCAGAAGCCACGCCUACAAGCCUGAUGAUGCUUACAUCAUGGAUGAUCUGCAUUGUGCUGUGUCUGACAGUGAAGUCUGCUCGCCCUACUCACCGACGGAGUUGGAGAUUGACUGUGAUCUGUGUUUGGUUUCCAAAGCCUAUCAUUUGGGGCAGGAGGAGACGGACUGGUUUGAGAAACCACGGGAAUCCCGCUCCGAGAGGUCCCGGUACUAUAGCAGCACUGGCGGGAGCAGUGGGCACACUUCUUCGCAGAAGCGGGACCAUAUCAAGCACACGUACCAUGACUACGAUGAGCCCCCUGAUGAGGACCUUUGGCAGCAGGAUGACUACGCCCAGCCCCGCCAUUCCUCCUCCACAUCCCGGGACAGCAGGCACCACGGGACCAACUCUGGGAGACACUCUUCCUCCUCCCGCCAUUCCUCUGAAGACCCCAGGUCCUCCAGAUCGUCCAAGCAGCAUCCCAAGGAUACUUCCCUGCGCCACGAGUCCAGGCAGCAGCCAAGCUCUUCAUCCUCCUCCAAGAGGAGCCAGCCUACUGACCAGAGAUCUUCGCAGGGUUACCACCCUUCAGAUUACUCACGCCAGCCCACCAGUCACCACCAUGGUUCUUCUGAAGGUCAGAGAUUACAGAAGCAGCCGCUACAGUCCCAGCAGCCACUGCAGUCCCAACAGCCACUGCAGUCCCAACAGCCACUGCAGUCCUCCCGGAAGCAGGACAUGCAGUCUCAGCAACCGCCAUCUUCAAGGCAACAGCCGUCAUCUCAGCAACCGUCGUCACGGCAACAGCAGCAGCCACCCCAGCAGCAGCCAGGAAGGCAGCCGACGCCUCAGCAACAGCAGGGGCUGCAGCAGCCAGGACAACAAGCGCAGCGCACCCAGCAGCAACAGGCACAGACGUCAGCGACACGGCAACCGCAGAUGCAACAACAGCCUGCGCCUGCACAGCAGCAGCCGGUACAAGCACAGCAGCAGCAGCCAAAGCCAGGCCAGGCUGCAGCCCGGGGUCCACAAGCAGGCCCUCCGCAGACAACAGCGGUGAAGACGGAAUCGGCAGAUGCUUCCAAACUGGCUGCUAAGCCGACACAACAGCCAGUUAAAGCACCCCUGCCAACGACCCCGGCAACUGGUAUAGGUUCAAAAGCAGUCCCAAGACCUGGGGGAGUGGGGGGCGCUGCUGCUGCUGGACAGCCAGCGACAGACGAGAGUGUGCUCUCCAAAAUCUUACCUGGGGGGGCCGCCGAGCAGGCCGGCAAACUAGGAGAUGCUGUGUCUGCGUUCGGAAAGAAAUUUACUUCAUUGUGGUGAGCAGCUAAGCAGUGGGAUUUCUGGAGUGGAUAAGGAGAAAGACUCCAGGCUUUGUACUGGAAAAACCUAUGAACAACCCCCUUGUGUAUUUCAUAUAAGAGAGAGAAACGUGGGACUCUGAGUGCGGAACCAGCAGGGGACUGGAAUCAAUGAUGCCCAGACAGCACUGGAGACCCUGAACAUGCACAUCUGUUGAAGAAGAGAGGCUUUUAUCAUUUCAUCAGGCAGGAGGACCAAGAGGACAAUGUCACUACUGCACCUUCAACUAUAUAUCCAACAUGGGUCAGACAGGCUUUUGGAUGUGGCCUGCCACUGGCUGUAUUUUAGCUGAUUUAGAUGACCCAGAGAUGAACAACUGAAAGGAAACUUCAGAGCCAUGAGGAUGAGAUCUAGCGCAUGUGUUUCAGACCCAAACCCUAUGAUUCAUCUUCAUGGUGUAGAAGGAGGUCUGGAAGGCUGGUCUUCAGACACUCUUUGUGGUACAGAGGAGCCCAGGACUAGGCUACAGCACGGGGCCACCAUUGGGAUGCUAACAAGCUAAAGAACCAUGUUGGAAAGACAAUGGAGCGAGCAGAUAAAUAUGAGAAACGGUGUCCUACUUGCCAACUUGAUUGCGACCUUUGUUUCUCAGACUGCUAGUUGGGAAUCCUGAGAAGAGAGUCCACAACAAUGCUGGCAAACUGGAGUGUCUUUGCACGGCAGGAAAGACCCAGCAGCUGAAGGUGACAGGGGAUGAUUUGUAAUCUACUCCUGCAUUCGGAGGAUUUUUCUUUUUAAAUAUACGGCUGCACGUCGUUGGGAAUACUCAAGGCUUUGGGAUUCAGGCUGUCUGCUGCUUGUUUGAUUCCAGUCUUUUUCGCACAGAGCAUGGACCUAUCCCAGGUCCCACAAUCUCCUCUUAUUCUUAAUAAAAAAAAAAAGUUUCAUAGGUUUUUCUUGUACUAAAAGACCUUUUUUUAUUUCGAACGGAGCAUUUGAAAAUAAAAAACAUACUCAUAUAGAAAUGAAAUGCUCAAUUUUUUUCUUAACAUUCCAGUAUGGUAAUGAUGACCCUUCUGAAUGCUGACUUGUUUUUGCGAUGUGUCCUAAAGAUUUUGGGAAGCGGACUGCAUGUAGAACACCAGAGAACUGUAUAUCUAGGACCUAACACUGUUCAUUACCUGAAGCAAGGAGGCCAUAGGACAUUACAAAAGUUAAAUAGAGAAUAAAGAAAACAGAGAAAAAAAACAGCGUUGAAUCUGGUCACACAUUUGAAGACUUUCUGUGAUAAAAAAAGAAAGCCAUAAAACUGUAGUGCAAUUGAGUUUGUCUUUUAGCCAUUGCAAAGCCAUUCCGAAACCAUCCCAAAGCAUCUGCUUCUCUGUGUCUAUGAGUUCUGUUGAUUACUUUCCACAGUUUGCUUAUUUUUUAUCGUGUUUGCCUGAUUUUCUUUUCUGAAGAGAAAGAAACAGCCUUAAUCAUUUCAGUUUUAUUUUUUACUUGUAUACCUCAAAGUUUUUUUUUAGUCCACAAAUCCCUGAAUGAUUUUGUUUGCACACUGUAUAUUAUAUAUGGCCUGUUAGAAAAUGGGCUGUAACAUUUAUUUAUAUUUUCAUUUUGGUUUCGUAGUUGUUGUUCUCUUUAUUAUUAUUAUUAUUAUUAUUAUUAUUAUUAUUAUUAUUAUUAUUUUUUUUUUUUUUUUUUUUUUUAAAGCAAUAGAGUGCAGAAGGCUGUCAAGAGCACAAUCUCUUGUGUAUAAAAAAAGGGGUCAGGAAAUGUUUGCCUCUGCCGUUUAUGUUUUAACUGUGCAAUGCUGUUCUCAUCCAUACCUAACAGGCAUGCUCAAUGUGAGGUCACUGGGUCACACUGGCAACACUGUAACAAAAUCCAUGGUACUCGCUUGAGCCCUCCGCAGAUUGCUGGAAUGAUCCCAGCUCCCCCGUGAUGGGCUGGAAACAGCAAGAGUCUGACUACACAGGUUCAGCUGGCUGUGGGUUAAGCCACGGCUCUAACUGGUUUCCUUCCCCAAAAUGUGAAGAAAUGUGUGUUUGAAAAGGAAAGGGAAAUCUGUAAGGGUUGGCACUGACAUUGAUCAAAUCACCCCCCAUGCAUACAGGCCACAGGAACAAACACCCCUUUCGCACUGGUUCAGUACAAGGACAGUGGUUUGGCAUAAGGACUGUAGAUAUAUACUGUAUGAAGUACUGUACUUUUUUUUUGCUCCCAAAAGUUUGAAGCUGUUGAUGGUUUAUCAUUCACGCUGCAUAUCUGCAGAUACAGUGUAAGUAUUAUGGGGUUAGUUAAAAAUGAAUCUGAAAAAACACAGAUGACAUCAAGCCUGUUCAAGCAACGUGGUUUGAAAAAAUGAACAAGGGGCACACUUUUUGAAGCAGGUACGGUAUGACCCUGAUACACGAAGCAGAGCAUUCUUUGAUGAUUUCAUUUUCAUGACGUUGUUAUAGACUGCUGUUGACGUUGUUUUUGCAAAGCUCUAGAACAGCUUGUUGAAUUUUAUAAACGUAUUUCAUUUAUCUAAACCGAAAAAAAAGUUUUUAAGUCAAAUCACAGAAAUGGAUUUGACUUAUCAUUUCACGUUUGUUAUCUUGCCGGAGCAGUAAACUAUUUUAUUACAGUGUUGCAGUUUUCUCCCCCAAAAAACAUCUCAAAUCCAUGCCGACGGGACUGACUGAGCAUGCUGCCACACAACCUCAUCAGCGUUUCGUUUUGUUUUAUUGUUCUUCAUGUGAGCUUCCAUUUAUCGAAAAACAAAAGGUGGUCGAAAGCAAUUUCCAUUUCAAACGUUCUAUGCAAUGAUACACAUUUGAAAAAAAUAAAAUAAAACUGUUAAUAUUUAAUACCACUAUCAACGUUGUGUUUAAGAAUACAAUGAAAUUGUGUUACUGAGGAACAAAAAAAAUGGAUAGACUUGUUUGUAUUUAGCGACUGUAUGAAAUGUAUUUAUUGAAUUGAGUUUUUUUUAAUUUUAGUGGCAUGUUUGAGACCCCUCUCCCUCUCCGUCGUGGUUGCCAAAGGGGUAAACAUAUAGCCUGUCAUUAUUGUCCUUCAUACUGUAGCUUCAAGCAUGGGUCUCUAGCUAAAAUAUGUUGCACGUCCUCAUUCAGUCUUAGUGUAGUGGGGUAAUUAGUGCUCUUCAGUACUGCCAGGAUAUGCACUUGUUAUUGAAAUUAGCAUAAAAAACACACAUUACAAUCAAACUCUGCAGCAGGUUUUGUAUCCUCUGCUUAUAUUCAAAAUAUCUUGACUUGUACGAUCAUUUUUCCAACUCUGCUGGCGUCAGCAGAAACAAAUAAACACAUUAUAUAGACCUUCCACGCUCCAGGAGGUACAAACCCCAUUUCAUCAGUCCUUCUUGGUAUCAAUAAAAAUCAUAUGUGCUGUAGUAUGAAAAUAACAACACAUGGUCUGAUUACUGUCAGACUAUUGGAGAGAGCGACCAACAUACCAUACAGGAUGUGAUUGGGUAUUAUACCCAAAUCAAAAACGACAAUCAAUACAAUGAAAGGAGGAGCAGUGAUAGUGUUGGUAAUGGAAUAACAAAGGGUUUGAUUCAAUGGGUGUGUACCAAUGGCUUUUACUAGGAGGCUGCAUUUUAACACGCAGUAAACUGUUUUCAAAAAGGAACAGGUAAUGGUGGAUAAAACAAGAAGCACAUGCAUACAGUAGGUUUAUAGUGACAGGGUCUGUAUAAUUGAUUAUACAGGGGGUCAGUCAACCCUAUCUGUAGCUAUCAUCACCUACUGUAUACAAUGCUGAUGGAGACAAUUGCUUUGAAUGGGGCUCCACUAGUACAGCCAAUACAAGAGUAGCAGCUGUGGAUUGAAGGACUCACAGGGUUGUAGUGGCAAUGCAGGCAUGUAGUACUGUUGUAUGUUCUGCUUGCUGUAUCAUUCCAGACAGAAGUGUAUACUGCCCCCUAGUGCUGCUUCUACCGUAUGAAUAACAGUGCAGAACUGCAUUCCAAGAAUUAGUCAAGUACAUCUUUUCUAAUUUCCACUCACCCAAGCCAUUAAUCAGUUGCACUGUCUAACACGCAGCGUUUAUCCAUUUAUUUUGAUGAGUUUCAGUUCUCAUGCUGCUAAAAUGUAACCUCAUUGUAUAGUGUGUCGUAUUUAGUUCAGGUGUGUUUUUGGUCCCGUGCAAGUAGUGGUCCAUGGGAAAAUGCUGAAGCUCUAAGGGGGUCACAUCUUAAAAGAAAAGGUUGGUUCCCACUGAUCCAGAGCCAUACUGAACUAUAUAACAGAAUGGUAGCAUACUGUGCUUUUCCAUCUCUCUCUUUAUCUGUAUGAUGGGAUGCUACUGAUUUUCCUUAGCUUCUCCUGAGUAGCACAUUACAGUACCUUGGAGCCUCGUUUUUGGCCAUUCCCCUUGAUAAGGAUAUUACAUACUCUAUUAAAAAUAAUAUAGACGCUUGAUAAAUGAUUAUAAGGAAGAAAAAAAUAACCCUUUACUGUACAAGAGCAAACUAGCAAUAGUAAGUCUCAUUUUGUAUGUAGUGUUUUUUUUUUUUUAAAUCAUUUAUAAAGGAAUACGGGUCUAUAAAGCCUUCAGUAUUACAGACUUACUCUUCAGAAAACAGUAAAAAGGCAGAAUGUUUCUGUCCAAUAACAAGUGCAUAGCCACAUGCCACCAAAUCCUUAGCCCACAACUGAAAACACCUGGCAACCAUUUUCACUGUAAAUAAAAACUCCAAACUGUACAGCGUGUAAAUCUCACGUGUACAGCGAUCAUUGGCGUGGGUCAUCGUGUAUGUCCCAGCCCGGCCGACCUGCCAAUUCCUGCUUACUGUGUAUAAAACAAACAAACAAACAAACAAACAAACACAAACAGCAUUGUGCAGUGUGGCUGGCUCGUAUAGACUGUUGAAAAACAAAAGAACUUGUACUCAGAAACAUAUUGGUCUGUGUAGAGUUUCUAUACAUGUCGUGUUUGUAAAAUAAGAAAACUUCCUUAAAGUGAACUUGGCUUCCAUGUCAUUGUAUGGGGGGUUGGAUGUAAAAAAAAAAAAAAGAUAACGAAAAAAAGAACAAAAAAACGAUUUUAAAAAGUUACAUUCACUGUUGUAAGUGCAAUGAGCUAUCUCACAUGUAUCCAUUGUAAAACUGUGUGUAUGUUUCAAUGUAUUCUUGUAAACAGUUGUAGUAAUUUGGUGCAUCAUGUCAUGUAAUGUGAUUAAUGAGAUAAUUACCCUACAAUACAGUUCCUUCAGGAACAAAUAAAGAGAAAAUUCAA